UCCGCCUCCCUUCGGCUGUCUCCGGCUUCCCCAGCCUUCCCAGUUCCCGUUUGUCUCCGGUGUCUUAUCUCAGCAGCUCGCUGUCCAGCCGGUCCGGCACGCCCGUGACAUGCAGGCCAUUAAAUGCGUGGUGGUGGGAGAUGGAGCGGUGGGAAAAACAUGUCUUCUGAUAAGCUACACGACCAACGCCUUCCCUGGAGAAUAUAUACCGACUGUGUUUGAUAACUACUCAGCUAACGUGAUGGUAGACGGGAAGCCUGUGAAUUUAGGACUCUGGGAUACGGCCGGCCAAGAGGAUUAUGACCGACUCCGACCCCUCUCCUACCCACAGACGGAUGUUUUUCUGAUUUGCUUUUCCCUGGUCAGCCCAGCCUCGUUCGAGAACGUCAGAGCUAAGUGGUAUCCAGAGGUACGGCAUCACUGUCCCAACACCCCUAUUAUUUUGGUGGGUACGAAGCUGGACUUAAGGGACGACAAGGACACCAUCGAACGGUUGAGGGAUAAGAGACUUUCCCCAAUCACUUACCCUCAAGGUUUGGCCAUGGCUCGGGAAAUAGGUUCUGUAAAGUACUUGGAAUGCUCGGCUCUCACCCAGCGCGGUCUGAAGACCGUGUUCGAUGAAGCCAUCCGCGCCGUCCUCUGCCCUCCGCCCGUCAAGAGGUCCGGAAAGAAAUGCACCGUCUUCUGAGCGACCGACAGAUCGGACACCGGACCGAACUCCUGCCAUCUCUUUCCAAAGAAGCCCAAACCUGCCCGAGAAGAGCGUUUGGAGGCUCGCAGGUGUUUUCCGUGGUGUAGUGUUUUGUGAAUGUACGGCGCAUGGGGUGGGAGGGGGAACGGGCGUCAGCUGUACCUGCGCAGCGGAGAGCGGCUUCUUCUCUGAGCUCCAAGGACGAGACUUCUCCAGGGGAGGCAGGGUUCUAGUCUUUAGGGACCCCCCCUCCGCACGGCUCGGGACCUGGCGCUGUGGGACGCACUCUUUGCGGAUCGCUUGUCACGAGGACGGUCACGCGGACUGUUUGCCACCUGGAAGGAACUGGACGGCGAGACGAGGAGGGCGGUCUGCAUGCGUCCCGGCGCGGUCAUCAUCAUCAUCGCUGCCCAUCUCCUAUUUCUAUUGCAUGGGGAUCAUGUCUGGUUCUUCGUGUUCUGUGUCCCGGUUACGAGAAAUCUGUGAAUUCUGUAGUAAAUGUUUGGAAUUUGGAUAAUUAGAUAA